AUGGCGUCAACCAGUCAGACUUCAAAUAAUGCGACUUCAAGUAAUGUGUAUUAUGAAGAUUUACCACCCGGUGCCCUGAAAGAAGAUGAGUUCUUUUGUACGGAGAGAAUUGUGCCCCGCAAAAUCAAACCACAAAAUAUUGUCAUGAGACUUAUGGAUAGAGAAAUCUAUGGGUCACGGAAACCCGGCUCACAUUUUCACGUUGUGCGAGAGUACUAUCAAAAUGUUUUCCCGAAUUUAACUAUUGUGAAUGUCGAAAAACCUCCUUGCUUUUUAAGGAAGUUUAGCCCGGACGGAAAACAUUUCAUAGCAUUUUCAGCAGAUCAGACUUCUUUGGAGAUUUAUGAGUAUAGAGGUGCUGCAGCAGCAGGAGAUCUGGUAGCUGGAUAUCCCUCAGAUUUAUUAAAUGCAGAUGCUGAUGCCCACCACAGGAUAAGAACCCAUAUAUUUUAUCGCUUUUUCAAGCCUAAAUUUACUGUGAAUGUAUGUCAACAAAGAGAAGCAUUGAGGUCUGAACGCCAUAAUGCUGGACAUUUACCUUUUAUGGAACAGCAGUUGAAUAGAGAAUGUAGUCUAUUCACUGAAGAUGGCCGAUACGUCAUAGUCGGGUCUGCAGCACAUAUUCCUGAUGAUCUAAGACCCCAUUUUUAUCAUAUACAUAGCAAUAAUGAAGCUGUUACACCCACCAUAAGGUCAGCAUUAGAGGAUUACUCGCUACAUUUAGUAGAUUUGCACAAGGGAAAAUUGUGCGACACAAAGCAUUUCAGAGUGGAUAAAAUCUACCUAUCACACAAUCAGGGUAUUUACUUAUACAAAGAGGUGUUGGCGGUAUUGUCUGUCCAACAUCAAACUAUACACUUGUUCCAAAUUGUUGAAGGCAUGUUAAUAGAAAUAAGGAAAAUUGGAAGGUUCUGUUAUGACGAUGACCCAUUUAUUGUAAAUUCUGUUUUCGCCCCAUUGAUGAAUGAACGACCUUUUCACGAAGAAACCAUUAACAGUCUCAAGCACAGACUACUUGUCUUCCUAUUCAAAAGAGCAAAAUCGAUAAGUGACGAAACAAAAGACCCUCUCGAAUUGAGAAAAUUUUAUAAAUAUUUUGAUAUGUUCCAAGGUUUGAGAAUGUGGAAAAUGCAAUUACUGGAUGAAGAUCAUUUGUUCAUUAAAUAUGCAAGCGAAGAAGUUGUGACUUUGCGAGUGGCCGAACCCAACAGCCAGUCAUCUUUUUUUGUGAUCUAUAAUAUAAGUGACAGUAAAAUAUUGGAAGUGUAUGAAAAUACAUCGGAAGGCCUUUUGCAACUAUUCGAGAAUUAUUGUGACUGUUUUAGAAAUGCAAGACUUUGUGCCGAUUCCCAAUUUACUUGUUCCCCUUCGAAUAACUUGUAUGCCAGGUUGACACAACAACGAUUUAAGCAAACUAUCGUUCGAGCCAUAUACGGAGGUCGAACAGAAGCAACAAAAAGGAUUUUGGCGCAACUACCUAUAAGUGCACAAUCUUACAGUGGAUCUCCGUAUUUAGACUUAGGUCUUUUUAGUUACGAUGACAAAUGGGUUUCAGUUAUGGAAAGACCUAAAGCAUAUGGAGAAUACCCUAUAAGAUUCUAUGCACGCGACUCUGGUUUACUGAAAUUCAAAAUCUACGCCGGAGUUUUGGGUCAGUCAGUGCCUGCAAGUGCACGGAGAUUAGUCGCAUUCACCUUCCAUCCGACAGAUCCUUUUGCAAUAAGUGUGCAGCGGACAAACUCUGAAUACAUUGUGAAUUUUCAUAUAAGAAAUGCUGUGUUUAGUUGA